AUGGGUGAAAAGGCGGUGUGGGAUAAUGCCACUUUGAAGCACUUCAUUGAUAUCUGCAAGGAGGAGCUUACUCUUGGGAAUAGACCAAAUGGUUGUUUCACUAGAACUGGUUGGAAGAACCUUGAGGAUAAACUUCUUGCAAGAGCCGGGUUGAAACUAGUGAGGUCACAAUUGAAGAACAAAUUGGACAACAUGAAAAAAGAUUACACCGUGUUCAUGGAACUGAAAAAUGCUGCCACUGGGCUUGGAUGGGAUGAUGCGAAUCAAACUGUUGAGUGCUCUAGCACGUGGUGGGAUGAACAUCUUGCGCGAUGCAACAACCCAGAAAGAGGUAUCAAGUGUGCCCAUGUCAAGUUUCGAAAGAGGGGGCCGAAGUACCUUGAUGAUUUACAUCUGCUGUUUGAGAAGGUGCAUGUCACCGGUGCUUCCGCAUCAUGUCCAGGAGAUAUUCCUUCAAGUGACUCGAGUGAUGAGGAACCAGUGGAGAUUACUCCCAUUGAGAAACCAAAACCAGCAGGAAAGAAGCGCAAACAAUUGUCUAGUCAGAUUGAAGAGAAGGAGGAGAAGAGUCCAUUUUUCCGGAUGUACAAGAACACAUGCAUGAGGAUUGAAAGUGCAGCUGAAAAAAUUGGGUCAAGUCUUGAAGCAUCAUCGGCUCCUCCGCAAUCCAGCCGUGUUCCAACUAUUGCAGAAUGCAUGAGAAUGAUGGAUGCGAAUAUGGAAGAGCUGGCUAGAAAAGGGCAGCAGUCUCUUCUUUCACUAAAUGAGUUAUCUCAACAUGCUGCGAUUCUUGGAAAUCUGGCUGAUCUUUACAAUGACCGUCAGUUGCCUGAUAAGGAGUUUGAGAGGUGUGACGCAGAUGAGGAGUAUAUGCCACGAGCAUCAAAUGUUGAGGAACAAACUCAAGAUGAUGGUUGUGAGAUAGAGGGAGAGAAUGAAGUUACUAUGAACACAAUUCGUGAUAGGAUAGCUGCUUCAAUAGAAAAUGCAAGGGGAAUAUGA